AUGUCAAAAGAUUCUUUGAUAUGUAUCAUAUUAUGGAUUUCAAUUCAGUUAUUUGUUGAAGUGAAUAGCCAAAUAAAUCCAUCACUACGAAUGCUUCACACCGCUACGCUGGUUGAUGAAAAACUAUAUAUUUUAGGUGGACAAAACAUAAACAGAAAAGAUGAAGACAGUGGAAUUAUUGGAAAAGAAUAUUUUUAUCUCAAUGUUUCCAUUCCAUUUGACACCAAAAAAUUAAUUUGGAAUGACUUAACAAACAUUAACAUCAUUCCAGCACAUGUUGGUGCUGUAUCCGCCAAAGGUGGUGUAAAUGAUGAUAUAGUUAUAUAUGGAGGAAGAGGUAUGCCGUAUACAGAAAAUUUGGCAUCGGUUUAUAUGUUUGAUACGAAAAGUAACCAGUGGAAUAUCCCCCAAAUAACUGGCAAUAGUUUUGCCAAAAGGAGAAGUUUAUUAGGUUUCAUUGAUUCUAGCAAGAAACUUUAUAUGUUUGCCGGGUGGGUGAUAAAUGGCAAUCACGUAAAUGACAUGAUUAUCUUGGACACCGUAAAUUUAAGUUUCAGAGAAGGAAGUCGAUUAAAUGCCCCUUCUCCAAGAAUUAAUUAUGCUGGGGUUAUCUUACCCAGUCAGAAUAUUGUUUAUAUGGGUGGCAUGAUGUAUGACGAGAGUGCUUUAACGUUAAGUGAGAUUUAUCUUUAUGACACUGUAAAUGAUAAAUGGAGUACAAGACAAACCAUAGGAUCGAUACCUUCUAAUAGAUUUGGUUUGUCAGCUGUUCUUGGAUUGGAUGGUCAACAAAUAAUAAUUUUUGGAGGAACUAAUGGAAAUGAGAUCAAUUCAAUCGAAUCCCUCUAUACUUUAAACCUGAACACAUUUGAAUGGCGUAUUCCAAAGGUUUCUGGAGGCAACCUACCGGCAUCAAGAUAUUAUCACAGGGCAAAUGUAAUUGGAAAAUAUAUGGUUAUAUCAUUUGGUUCAUUAUUCGGAGGCGUUUUAUUAUCAGUUGGAAGUUUCUUUUUGUAUAAUUGGAAUAAAAAUAAUCGAAGUCGUGCAAUACCAACUCCAGGAGAAAAUGAUAAUCAAAUAUUAAUGAUUGCUUCCGAUAGGAAAUGA